UGUUUACAAGUGAAAUGUCAUCGGGUUGACGUUUAUUAAAAAGUGAGAAGACGUAUUUUUCGACGUGUUUUGAUUUUUUUUUAUGGAAAAGCUUGUGAAAUCCAAUUAACAACGAUUUCGCGUAAGUUUGAUUUAAGUUAACAACACAUAAAUUGAUCGAAAGAUGCCGAUUUUUGGGUCAAGUCCGUCACAGUUCGAUGCAGACGUAGAACGAGCCACCAGUGAAUCUAGUCCGGAAGAAGAUUGGAGUGUUAUCAUAGAUGUUUGCGAUAAAGCUGGAAAAAGUACAGAUGAUGCCAAAAAUUAUUUAAAAGCGAUUAUGAAAAGACUUUCAAAUGUUGAUCCGCAUAUAGCUAUUAAAGCAGUUACACUAUUAGACGCUUGUGUUAAAAAUAGUGGUAAAACGUUUCAUUUAGAAGUAGCAUCAAGAGAUUUCCAAAGUGAAUAUCAUAAAUUACUAGCUUCACAAAAAACGCACCCUAAAGUUGUUGAAAAAUUAAAAGAAUCUUUAAAACGUUGGGCGGAAGAAGAAUCGUUUAAGAAAGAUCCCGAAUUGAGGUUAAUACCUACACUUUAUAGUGAUUUAAAACAUAAAGGGAUUGAUUUUAACGUUGAAACUCCAAUGAAAAAGACGGUUGUGUUAAGUAAAGAUCCGAACGUAGUACAAUCUCAAGAUGAAGAAGACCAAAUAGCCAAAGCAAUUGAAUUAUCAUUAAAAGAAGCAAAUAGUUCCCCACGAUCAUCAUCUGGGGGAGCAACAACAACUGGUUUAACUUCAACAUCUUUAUAUCCAUCAACAAAUUUAAGCACUGUUACCAACCAACCAGCUCAACAACAAAAAGAACCAAGAAAAGUUCGUGCUUUGUACGAUUUCGAAGCAGCUGAAGACAACGAAUUAACAUUUACUAGCGGAGAAAUAAUUUUGGUUUUGGAUGAUUCGGAUCAAAAUUGGUGGAAAGGAAGCAAUCAUAGAGGUGAAGGUUUAUUUCCUGCAAACUUUGUAACGUACGAUUUACAAGCGGAGCUUGAAAACGAUAAGAAAAAAGCCGUACAUUUUGAAGAAUCGAAUAGUAAUAGCGAUGAGGCCGCUGCGGGGAUCUUAAAAGAAUUAGAAAAUGUUCAAAUCGAUGAAGAUAAAGUUAAUCGACUUUUACAUUUGUUACAUGAAGUUGAUCCAACCGAUUUAGAAACGGAAACGGAUGAAAUGCUUAAAUUAGAACGUGAAGUAAACGCAAUGGGUCCUUUAAUUGACUCGGAAUUAGAACGUGUCGAUAGAAAACACGCCCAAUUAACACAGUUGAGUUCUGAUUUAGUGGAAGCUUUUAGUUUGUAUCAUACGUUGAUGAGGGAACAGCAAUUCCCUACUUUACCAAAUAAAUGCGCUACUAAUUAUGGUAAUAGAUAUCAACCUAGUUUAACACAACCACCUACUUCAAUGUUUAAUGGAAAUAUGCCACCAUCAAAUAUAGGUCAUCCUUCAAUGAUGUAUUCACUUCCACUUCAAGAUCGUCCCCAAGUAAUGAUGCCUCAAAGUAUGCAUCAAUUUCCCCCGAUGCAAUUACCUUCGGGUCCAUCGUCAAUGGGAGGUCCAAUCUCGAUGUCUGGGGGACCCCAAUCGAUGCAACCUCAAGGAAUACAGCCGGUCCAAAGUAUGAUGAUGGCCCCUCCACAAAACAUUCCGUCUAAUCAAGGCCAAAAUUUACCACCACCUGGUUCUAUUCCGGAAAUGCAAAUUAGAUCGAGUUUUCAUCCGAGCAUUAUGCAAAAUUUCCCUGGUGGAAUUCAUCAUCAUCAAGCGUACCAACAGAGUAGAACAGCUUCGAUGGCGCAAUCGCAUGUGGGCGCUCAAGUGGGCCCCCCUGCCGGACAACAACCUCAAAACGGUCCGUAUUCGACAUCUAAUACUCAUAUUAUGUAGUUUGGGCUUGUUUAGAAAUUAUUUUAAUCGGAAAAAAAUAUAUAUAUUAUGUAUAUGCGAGAAAAACUAAUAAUAAUAACGAAAGAGAAAGAGAAGGAUUAUAAUAAAAAUAAAAAUGUUCCAAAGGAGUCCGAAAAUAAAUAUCUAUCCUAAGAUAAAGAUUUAAAAAACAAUGUGUGUAUAUAUAUUUUUUAAUAAUGGAGAUGGAGAAAGAAAAAUUAUUGGAAUGCUAAAAUAUUAGACAAAGAAAUCGCGGAAGUAUUUAUUGUUAAUAAAAAAGCGAAAGUAAAAUAUUGAGAUCAAGAAAUAAAAACAAAAAGAAUGAUGUGUAGUUAUCGUUCAAAUGGAUUCAUAUAUUUGAUGUAAUAUUUAAUAAAUUUUAUCUUAAAAAGA